AUGUCAGGAAACAGAUUUCUUUUCGUCUUGAGAUGUCUCCACUUUACAUCUGCCAACACUAGAGCUGACGAUGGUUUAGGCAACAUAAAUUCUAUGGUCGCCUUUUUCAACACGAAGAUAAACAGUCACUAUUACCCGGGAAAAGAAUUGUCGUUGGGUGGUGGUGCUAUGCGGGGGCAUUUACAUUUCAAACGAAAUAUACACAAUAAACACCAGAAUUACGGGAUAAAGCUUUACAUGUUUACAGAACCUGAUGGAUUGGUGCUGAAAUUCGGCGUUUAUGAAGGUUCAGCAGAUGAAUAUAGCGGAACUACACAUACAAGCAAAAUAGUUAUGCACUUACUUGAAGAAAAGUUAGAUCAAGGACACGCGGUAUACCUCGAUAACUUUUACAACAGUGUUGACUUAGCUACAAAUGACACCUAUUGCACCGGAACUCUAAGAAGUGACCGUAAGCACAACUCAUAA